GUUUCCUUUUUCACCGCUCCCGCGAAAAUCGGAACGAAACGACACUGUUCCGCCGUAUUGCUGUUCCACGUUCCACCAUCUAUGUCGGUUCGGCACGAUUGAUCAUCGACGACGAAGACGACGGCGGCGGCUGCGACCUCCAUUUUCCUACGUAAUCCCCACCCGUUCCCCUUCGAAGUUUUCUCUCCCUCUUUCUAAGAAAGAGUGGAUAAUGGGAGCGUCGUCCUCGUCGGAUCAGAAAGUCUCGCCGGAACAGCGGGAGGUGGAGUCUCUCGCCGCCUCCGCUGGCGCUCUUCCGAUGCUUCGCAAGGCUUUCUCCGACCUCGCCGAUACCCAAACAAGCACCGUUCCGGUCACCUCUCUUCAGCGCUGUUUGAGCUUAUGCUUUGAUGGACCGAUUAGCUCGGCGACUAGAGUGCCGGACUCGUUUUCCGGGUUGCUGGGAAAAAUAGGGCCUUCUGUAGUCGACUUGUUCUUCGUGGCUGAGAAGGGUGGAUUGAGUUGGGUGGAGUUUGUGAAAGGCUAUGUUAAGUGCUGCGGGAGGAUGGCCUCAUCGAUGGUGAUUACUAAUCUGCUGAGAGUUUUCGCUCUGGCGGGGAAUAAGGCGGGGCAUCAGGUGGAUUUACAGUUUGAGUAUGAUGAAGCUGAUUGUACAGUAGGAGGACAUCUUACACCUACGGAUGUGCUGAUGCUUCUUUGGAUGUGUUGGACUAUGUUGUGGAGUAGUAAGGUUCGUGAGUUGCCCAAAGGGAAGGCGGCCUUGUUUCUGCCAGAUAUUGGUUGUCUGGUUUUGUCGGCGGUGGUGUCAUGUGUUGACAAUGGCAGUAGUUUGGAUUUGUGGAAUUUUGACAUUUUUGGCUUGGAAGUUCAGCUUCCUGCCAGGAAGUUUGUUGCAUGGGCUCUAGCAACAGUGCCAACUCUCCCAGAUUGCUAUUCACAGUUUGUCCAUGAGCAUCUUGGAAACUGUUCCUUUUCACAGCAGGAUGAACUGGAGCCUUCAAAUUCAUCAUCAGGGGACAUCACUUCAGUAGAGGCAUCUGGUGCUUAUCUGCUUACCCCGGGAAGGGCGUGGGCUAUCUCCCUUACAGUCAGAAAUGCAUUGAGGGAAGAGAUAUUAAGACAUUGCUUUUUCAGCAACUGUGACGAGAUAGAAGAAAGCCUUCUAUAUAGGUCAUCUCUUCAUGGGAAAGGCUUGAACAGAUUCUGGUCAAAUACUGAAGGUUAUCUUGGUCCAUUGCUUAUGUUUGUUUCUGGUUAUUCUGGAGAUUCUCAUGAGGCUGAUACUAGAGACAAGAAAUGGGUCAUCAGUGUACUGCUACAGCAGGGCCUUGAAAGUAGGGAUCAUUUCUAUGGAAGCCCAGGAAAUCUCUAUGCUGUUGAUCCGCUUUUCCAUGCAUAUUUAUCCUCUGGUAAGGAGAAGAAUUUUGUAUAUUCCCACUUGCAUCCCUCUGCAAGAGUAUAUGAGCCGCAUCCAAAACCUGUGGGACUUGGGUUUGGAGGAACCAUGGGCAAUGAGAGGAUAUUUCUUGACGAAGAUUUUGCUAGAAUCACUCUGCGCCAUCAUGCUGUGGACAAAACUUAUCAAUCAGGGCCCCUCUUCCCAAAUCAGGGAUUUCUUCCUGUGGAUGCUUUUAUAUCAGAAGUUGAAGUUUGGGGAUUAGGGGGUACAAAAGCCAAGGAGGUGCAACUUUCAUUUAAGAAAAGGGAACUACUUUUCACUGAGCAGAGGCGCAAGGUUGACUUGAAGACAUUUGCCAGCUGGGAAGAUUCGCCUGAGAAGAUGAUGAUGGACAUGAUGAACAAUCCGAACCAAGUUCAGCGGGAAGACCGGUAACUAAAAUCUCGGAGAUGAAGUUCAUCCAGUUGAAUUUAGUGGCUUGCCGUUGGUUUAGAGGUUGAAGGUCGGUCAGGAUUAUGCCAAUGCCCUCUUUUCCACGUGGCUAAACUUCAAAGCAGAACCGGUUAGGCCUUCAAUGUCAGUGCUGACAUCUGAGACGCAUGUACAUACCGGAUACUUGUGCAUACAUCCUUGCCUAGUUGGUCAGUUGCAUGUUUAUAACCACCCAGUUGUGUUGGUUUCUGUACGUUUAAUGAUGUAAGUGACCAUGAAAAUUUCCUCUAGCAUCUUUGCUGGACGGAAACCGAGCACUUUCUGUUCUAGUCCAGGUUAUU